UGAGUAUAUUCGGAUUAUGUUUGAUAGUCUGAGUAUUAUGGGCCUCAAGUUACAAACAACUGAAUUUGCCGUUUUGGGGACAUCGCAGUUGCAAGUGCACCUUUUUAAAUGGCGAACUUUCGAUCGUCCAGCUUCGAACUGACACGCCACUACUCACUUUAUUCCUGGAUUAAAGUAAUCAUCCUGUCGCUUGCCCUCACCAGUCUAUUCCUGCACGUCAUCUGCAGCAGUAUCCAAUGGGAGCAGCCCGAGAAACCCGCUCAAAAUUGGCAGGAAAGUGAGCUGAGCGAAAAACCAGCAGAAGAACCACAAAGCCGAGAAUUCGAUGUAGAUGGGAUACAAAUGAAGAUGCAGCAAGCCAAUGACGCCCAGGUCAUUUUCAAUGAAGAGUCUUUCGAAAGUCUGCAUAACGAGUCGCUGGUUAUAGUGGUGCAGGUGCAUAACCGAUUGGAGUAUUUGGGGCGCCUCAUAGAGAGUCUAUCCAGAGCGAAGCACAUUGAGGACACCUUGCUCGUCUUCUCCCACGAUGUCUUCAACGAAGAAAUCAACGAGUUAGUGCGACGCAUUCCCUUCUGCAAGGUAAUGCAAAUCUUCUUCCCGUAUUCCCUGCAGACUCACCGUGACCGUUUUCCCGGCACCGAUCCGCGUGACUGCCCGCGUGACCUCAAAAAAAGCGCAGCGCAGCAAUUGGGGUGCCUAAACGCAAACCAUCCAGACAAGUACGGACACUACAGAGAAGCGAAAUAUACGCAACUCAAGCACCACUGGUGGUGGAAGUUGAACCACCUUUUUCUGCAUGUGAGGGCCACCAGCAGCUUUGCAGGCUUAGUGGUUCUACUGGAGGAGGACCACUAUGUGAUGGAGGAUUUUGUCCAUAUGUUGAGACUGAUGGACGGCCAUUGCAGGAGCACUGCGCAAUGCCACUUCUUGGGCUUAGGAACUGUGAAGCCUUUGGCCCAAGUUAAAGUCGACCAAACCUCCAAUCAGGUUGAAAUGCACGCUGUUCCGACAAAUCUCGGUCUGGCGCUCAACCGGACGACGUUCCUCGAUAAAAUCCUGCCGUGCGUGGAGGCCUUUUGCACUUACGACGACUACAAUUGGGACUGGAGUUUAUACCAUGUGCUUAAAGUCUGCCACACACCUCCAGUUUUGACCAUGGUUUCAAGCGCGCCCAGAGCUUUCCAUAUUGGAGCCUGUGGAACCCAUUCAAAGGACAUCGACUGCAACGUUACAAACACUGUAGCGCUGUUGCGAAGUGUGGCUGAAAGUCUCGAAAUGUUUCCCAGCUCGCUUAGGUUCGGCCGGCACAGAUUGGAAAAGGUGAACCUGAUAGAGUAUGGCGGCUGGGGUGAUAAAAGAGAUCAAGACUUGUGCGUAAACAUGGCCAAAGGCCGCACACAUUUGUAGAUUAUACGUAUUACUUCAACA